AUGGCUUCGGUGGUGGCAGAUACUUUACGGCUGACAUUUAAACUUUUGCUUAGCAAGGUGCGCGAUACAGGAGCCGAGAAUCUUAAACACGGAGAUGUCAGCGACGAGAGAUUCAGGGAUUUCAUCGUCCGCGAACUCACGGCUAUACGCGAAAAACUCGAGGGAUUGUGCAAGAUGGAUCUCAUCUCUUCCGCCAACUUUUUCAAAGAUGGGGUCAGUUUAAUGUACCACAGCUUUACAAAGUCUGGAAAAGGUGGACCAAGCAUUAAAACUGAAGUGUUAACGUUUAAGAGCGAUUUUGACGACGUUAGCCUUUUCAAUACUGACGCAACUAAUAUAGAACUAGAUGAAUGGGAAGUUCUACAUCUCAUGUCUGACGGAUUGCAAUUUGACAAAAUCGAUUCCGAAGACAAGUUUUUCAUCGAAGCUAAAGAUUUUCUCAAGAAAGCCGCUGAAAGCGCUAUUAAGGCUUUUAGCAAUGAAGGUUUGGACAUUUACGAUCGGGUCUUGUCAAUGAAGUUCAGAGUUGCGGCGACCAUGCUAGAGUUCAUUGCCGAACCGGAAGUCGCAGUGGUGUUGUGCAAAAACUAUCUCGAGCAGUUGAACAGUUUACCGGAAGUUCGUCGGGUAUUUUCCGUGCGGUUCGGCAGCUUUAACUUGAGAAAGCUGUUUUGCGAAAUGAAAAGGGAAGCUCUUAUCAGUGCAGUGGUGUCUAUAAAUCGCAUCUUGUGGGAAUAUUUACAUCUUUGCUCGAAGGGUGACGAGUUUCUUCGAAAUUGGCCCGAAAUUCCUGUAGAUUCCUCCCACAAAAUUCACCCGGUCUUGAGCAGGGAAGUUUGUAGGGGUUAUUUCUGGUCUUUUGGUGAGUUCCGAGCAGAUCCAGCGCAAUUAAACGGCCCGGUUGACAUCGCCACGAACAGCAAGGGUGAUUUCUUAGUUGCCGAUCGAUAUAACUUCCAGAUAAAAAUGUUCUCAAGGGAUGGCGCAUUGAACGAGAGAGUUUGUGAGCUCGCCUUGCUGCAAACCUUCAACGAAGACACGGUAGUGACUAACCUUCUUCACCCUCAAUGCAUUGAUGUCGACAAAAACGACAGGGUCUAUAUUGGAAGCAGCUAUAAAUCCUACAUAAACCUUCAGUUCACAAACGAAAUAAUUGUGGUAGACAAAACCGGGAAUUUUUGUUGGAGUUUCGGACGGGGCCUGCCCAGCUUCAAUAAAGGCAAAUUGACAAGUGUUGCUGUGGAUAGAAACAGGGACAGAAUUUUUGCGUUGUGUGAAAAGACUGUGUUUGUUUUGAACACAGACGGGACUUUCUUGUCAUGCUUUACGUUCACUGGCGACUUCACGCAAGCUCAGGAGUCACAUAUGUGCGUGACAACGCGAGGCGACUUGAUCGUGACAGCUUUGAACGCUGUGUUCGUCAUUUCCAAGCGAGCUGCAAACGAUCCGAGCCUUAAGUCGCGUACUAUUCUCCCGUCCCUGUUUAUCAAACCUCACAGGAAAAUUCCUAGCAACUUUACUCCAUCAGGAAUAACUUUCAACCCUCACACUGAAGAAGUUGUUGUAGUUGACCGGGCCAGCAAUGCUUUAGUAGCGUUUGACCCUGUGGGUAAUUUCAAAAGGAAAGUCUACUUUUAUGAGAAAUACGCAUCAGGAGGAGCGACCAUUACAAGAGACGGUCACGUGGCCGUUGCUAGUAAGUCAACCAAUAAGGUUUUAGUAUUGUGA